UCUUCUUUAUUGUCCCCUGAGAGACUCAGGCUACUGUACCGCUCAGUGCAACAACAACACCUGCUGUACUUUGUGUCCCUGCCUCUACCCUCAGCACAAAGUCGAGCUGGGUUUAGUUCUGUCCAACUCUGUACAUGUUAAACAUGGAUGUGGCCGACAUUCGCAACCUAAUGCGUAAAACCCAAGUCUCUAUUUUAGAGCACGGCUUCCUGGACAAAUGUGUCGAUGGGCUCAGAGAUGUGGUGGCUAGUGACGGGGUGCGGGCUAUGAUGGAGUCGGCCCUGACAGCCAGAGACCGGGUGGGCGUGCAGGACUUUGUCCUGCUGGAGAACUACACCAGCGAGGCGGCCUUCAUAGAGAACCUGCGCAAACGCUUCAAAGAGAACCUCAUCUAUACGUACAUCGGCUCAGUGCUGGUGUCAGUCAACCCGUACAAAGAGCUGGAGAUCUACACCAAGAACCACAUGGAGCGAUACCGUGGAGUCAACUUCUACGAGGUCUCACCACACAUGGCGCCCCAGUUGGAGGCCACAUCAUCAACUACCUGCUGGAGAAGUCCCGCGUGGUGCACCAGAACCACGGGGAGCGCAACUUCCACAUUUUCUAUCAGCUGAUCGAGGGAGGAGAGGAGGACCUGCUGAGACACCUGGGCCUGGAGAGGAACCCUCAGCAGUACCAGUACCUGGUCAAAGCAGCAGCUGCACAUUUCCGGAACAACUCUGCUUAUUCCUCAGUAACUUGACGCACAUGAAGGCAGGAGGCGCUCAGCUGUUCAGUAUCAACAACAGUCCGGGAAAUCACCAUCAAGCCUCCGAAACAAAGACAGUUAACGAGAGAAACAACCGGCAACACAAAGACUCCUCAUCCUGCAGUCUGUGCUGUCGCGCUGCCGCCGCACAGCUGUUUCUCUGACAUCCAGAUGUUUUCAAUUUAGAGAUUAAAUCAUAACUUUGAUGUCGACAGAGCAAAAUAAAGGGAAGUGAUGGUGUUGAUGAUGACUGACAGAAACAACUGUUGCAGUCAGAUUAAUCUCAUCAGCUGUGUGUGUGUGUGUGUGUGUGUGUGUGUGUCUCCACAGACGAGAGGGGACACAAAACAAUGUCAGACCUAAAGUUGAUGAGAGUGUGUGUGAGGCUGUUGCAGCUUCCUCUCUGCAGCCAGGAGACAAAGACACACAGGGAGAGACUCAAAGUGAUGAAGACUCUGCUGCAGGAUGAUGAUGAAGCCUUCAUGAAACACUGUGUCACUGACUCUGAUCCUGCUUAUGAAUAUGACUCA